CCCCCCUCCCCUCAGUAUUUCACUGAGAAAAAAGCAGAACAGCAAGGGACACAUCUCCAAGCAGAUGUUGGCUUGCUGUGAGGACUGGCAAUGGCUUCUCAUAACAGAACCACUGGAAAAGCAAGGCUGAUGGUGACCAGGGCAGUAACAAAGAACAGGCCAGCAGAGACCAACUCAGAGGUGGACAAGUCAGCAUCACCCUCAGUGGCUCAGCUAGCAGGAAAGUUCAAAGAGCAAGCAGCCAAUAUCCCUGGAAAAGAGGUACCACCACAUAAGCCAACUAGGAGGAAACCACCCUGCUCCCUUCCCUUGUAUUCCCACAAAACUGAGACAAGUGACAAUGAUGAGCAAAAGCGGUCGCCGAAUGCUUGCCCCAUUCCCAAGGUCAAGGUGAAAAGCUCACCCAUGAUUGAAAAGCUGCAGGCCAAUCUGGCUUUUGCUCCAGCUGCUCUGCUGCCGGGAGCGUCUCCUAAAAGUCCUGGGAUGAAAGUCCUGGUUUCUCCAUUCAGCACGCCUCCCUCAACGCCCACCAGCCCAGGGACUCAGUCCCAGCCCAGUGAGACACCAGUCAGCUUUGAUCAGCCCCCAGAAAGCACUCAGCUCCAGUUCUACAACAAGGUGCGGACACGAGGGUCCAUAAAGCGCAGACCUCCCUCCCGGAGGUUCCGGAGAUCUCUGUCCGAGUACGGAGACGGGGAGGAUUUAGGGGUCAACCUGUCCUCUCCAGAAAAUGGUGCCAGGGAAGAUGAGGUCUUUGGGCCCAAUGGCAAGACAGAGGAGGUGGAAACAGGGAGCAAAGAGGAAAAGAAAAAGUCAGGGUCUGAUGAGAAGCUAGCGUCAAGGACAGGAUCCAGCAGAUCAGAGGAUGAAGAAAAAGGGAGCAAAGAGCAGAAGAAACAGGCAGAGUCUGAUGAGAAGCCCCCAUCAAGGAGAGGAUCCAGUAGAUCAGAAGAUGGGGAAAGAGGGGAAAAACAGGCAGAGGAAAUUACUCCUUGCAAGAAUAACACGGGGAAUACAAAGGGAGAGGAAGUGUGUCAUGAUGCCCCAGGAGAGGAGAACUCUCCUCAGCCUCCCUCUGGAAACAGUGAGAUGUGUGACAGUCCCCAGGGAGAAGAGCAGCAAAGCACUGCCUGUGAACAAGGAAAGGGGGACAAGGAGAAGGAGGAAGCUGAAGCUGAAACAAAGGAGAGCAGUGAGAGCACAGACACACAGAGAACAUCAGACACUGAAGAAGCAGCUCUGGCACCUGAACCACUGCAGGAUGCAGUGGGAUUAGGGACUGCCAGCGAGCCUUCAGUGUCAGUCACGCAGGACCAGGGCACAGCGUAGCUGUGACACACAGGUAAGAUGUGAUGGUGGCUCCCAAGGCACCUGAGGGUUUUGCUGUUAGCAAAAAAUGGCAACUGUGACAGAACACAACAACAAUUUUGCUGCUCCCCACAUGUCAAAAGCCUCAGAUCUUAGGCCUGCAGAGACUGUGAGGCAGGGUACUCAAAAUGACCAGCCCUCCUGGGUGGUGCUACAGAGAGGAUGGAAAAGAAGCAAAGCUGAUUCUGGAUUCAGUAUAAUGGAGAGGCUCUGCUCACCAGGCACCCUCCUGCAUUGCUGUUUUGAAAGCAAUCUGAAAGUACUUGCAGUAAAAAGCACAUUUCCCCAGCCAUAACCAUGUAUACACUAUAUCGAUAUGACUCCUUAUAUAUAAAUAUUUAUAUGUGUGCACACGUUGUAUGUAUACAUGUGUACAUAUAUAUAUAUUCCCUAUGUGUUUAGCUUGUUUGCUUUGCCAACAAAUGCAGGGCACAUCAGUUUAAUGAUCAGCUCUGAAAGUGUGCAAGCAGGGGCCUUUACCACUGAAAUAAAAGCGGAUUUCCGCUGGCUGAAGCAGGCCUUGUUCCAUAUAUCUUCUUGUGUGUUCUGUAACCACUGAUAACAUAGCCAGAUGCCUGAGGAUGUGUCUCAUCCCACCUCAACCACCUCCUCUUCAAAUGCUUCCUUGGUUUGGCAAGGAGCAGAUGAAGGAAGGAUUCUGGUGCUUGGGCUGCAGCUCACCUUUGCCUCCUAGAACAGAAACCACCAAAGUGCCCCCAGGACUUCCCAGCACUGUCUUUGCUUAGACCCAUGAUUAUUUUUCAUUAUUUUCCUACUUAUUUUCCCCUCUCAAAAAGA